AUAUAUGCAGACACAAACAUUCACGCGGUCUCAAAAGGCUCUGUAGAAUUUGAAAUGAGGUUCACAUUCUGGUUGGGUCCUCUUCUACUAGCCUCUGCUUUUAUUAUAUGUGCAGUGGCACCUCCUCCACCAUACCAAGGAUGUGAUUUUUCUCAAGGCAAAUGGGUCAUUGAUAAUGCCUCAUUCUACCCUCUCUAUGAUGCUUCAAGGGACUGUCCUUUCAUUGGGCAGGGAUUUGAUUGCUUAAGAAAUGGGAGGCCUGAUAUGGGGUAUCUCAAGUAUAGAUGGAAGCCCUCUAGUUGUGACCUUCCAAGGUUUGAUGGUAGGAAGUUCUUAGAGGAAAACAAAGGAAAGAAGAUAAUGUUUGUUGGGGACUCCAUAAGUAACAACAUGUGGCAAUCACUCACUUGUUUGCUUCACAUUGCAGUCCCAAACUCAAAUUACACCUUAACAAGUCCAACACAGGAACUUUCUGUAUUCUCAUUUCAGGAAUAUGGAACUUCCAUCAUGUGGUUGAAAAAUGGGUUUCUAGUAGAUUUGGUUCAUGAUAAAGAAAAAGGAAGAAUUUUAAAGUUAGACACCAUAAGCAGAGGGGACCAGUGGAAGGAAAUAGAUGUGUUGAUUUUCAAUACCUACCAUUGGUGGACUCACACAGGACAAUCUCAAACAUGGGAUUACUUUCAAGUGGGCAAUGAAAUAUUCAAGGACAUGGAUCACAUGGAAGCUUUCAAGAUUGGGCUAACCACUUGGGCUAAAUGGGUUGAUUCUAACAUUGAUCCUUCAAAGACUAGAGUCUUGUUUCAGGGAAUCGCUGCUUCCCAUGUUGAUGGAAAGGGAUGCCUAAGGCAAACUCAACCGGAGCAAGGAUCAAUGCUGCCAUAUAGUGGUGUGGACAUUGUAAAGAGUGUUCUAAGUAACAUGGCAAAGCCUGUACAAUUGCUUGACAUAACUGUGCUCACACAAUUGAGGAGGGACGGUCACCCAUCUAUCUACACAGGUCGUGGCACUUCUUUUGAUGAUUGUAGUCACUGGUGUCUUGCUGGUGUUCCUGAUACUUGGAAUGAAAUUUUAUAUGCUGCAAUGUUUGGAAAUUAGUAUUUUCAUAUAUUCUUUCUUAUUUGUUUCCUUUGAGGAAAUAAGACUCUCGUAUAUUUGAAUAUGAA